AUGGCGGGGUUAAGUCAGGGAAGGUCAUAUCGUACCCAAUUGUUUAAUGAGAUAUUUGAUUUUAGUGAAGAUGAUAGUUUGUUCGCUGAAGAUGUGGAGGAAGAUGAAUCAGCUGGUGAUCAAGAUAUGAACGAAGGAGGCAUUGGAGCAGUAGCAAACACUAAUGCUAUUGAAAAAGGUCCUCUAACAGGGAUGUUAUUUCCUUGUAUCAGCACUAUGUUCAACUUCUAUAAAGAACAUGCUAGAUUGAAAGGUUUUAGUGUUUUCAAAAGAUCAGCAGUUAAUGUACAGGGUGGAUCUGGCAAAUAUCAAACAAUUAGUUGCGAUAAAGGAAGGAAACCAAUUGGUGCGAAAUCAUCAAAAAGGAUAAAUUGUCCUGCAAAGAUUAAUGCAAUCCUAAGAGAAAAUGGAAUGUCACUAAAUAUGGAUAUGAAGAGGAGAUUGGAGGCAAACGAUAUAGCUGGCAUAAGACCCGCAAAAAGCAUUAGGUUGCUUGAAGUUCAAGCAGAUGGACCAGAAAAUUUAAGUUGUUUGUCAAAGGAUUGUCGAAACUUCAUUGAGCGAAAGAGGAGGCUGCGACUUGGUGAUGGUGAUGCUGAGGCUAUACGUAAGCUUUCAAAUGUUCUAUGGGUUCAUCCUCGUAGUCGAGCUGCUUACGAGGAAUUCAAUGAUGUUGUUAGUUUUGACACUACUUACCUUGUUAAUCGAUACAAGUUGCCAUUUGCCACCAUUGUUGGAGUAAAUCAUCAUGGGCAACCUAUUUUAUUAGGAUGCGCCUUGAUCUCACAUGAAGAUGUAAACACUUUUAAGUGGUUUUUCAUGACGUGGCUUGAAGCAAUGGAAGAUGUUCAUCCUAAUUCUAUUCUUACAGAUCAAUGCGAGAGCAUGAGGAAAGCCAUUAGGGAGGUAAUGCCUAAUACUAGACACAGAUUUUGCUUGUGGCAUAUAUUAUGCAAGGUACCUGAGAAGUUUAAGGGUGUUACUGAUUAUGAUAGUGCAUGCCUUGAGUUUAAAGCUGUAAUAUAUGAUAGCUUAACCAUUGAGAUGUUUGAGAGAAAUUGGAAUGAGUUUGUGGUGAAGCAUGGGUUGGAAAGAAAUGAAUGGCUUUCCAAACUAUAUGUUGAUAGGAAGUAUUGGGUUCCAAUUUAUCUCAAUCACACAUUUUGGGCUGGAAUGGUUUCGACUCAAAGGAGUGAGAGCAUGCAUGCCUAUUUUGAUGGGUAUGUUAACUCAAUGAGCACACUAAAGCAAUUUGUGGAGCAGUAUGAGAUUGCAAUGUGUGACAAUAAUGAAAAGGAGUUCUAUGCUGAUUUCAAAUCAAAAAACACAGUUGUAAAUUGCAUAUCUGUUUUUGAAUGGGAACAACAGUUUCAAAAGGCAUUUACUAAUUCAAUAUUCAAGCUCGUUCAAGAGGAGAUUAAACGAAUGUGGUAUUGCCAUGUCAUUCAGCCAACUGAAGAGGGAGGCGUGAAGCAGAUAAUGAGCCAGGAAUUGAGAGAAAUAAAAUUAUGGAGAAAUCCACAAUCAACAACUGGUUUCGUAGGGAGUUUGUUUAUGAUGUAG